CCUCGGGUCCUGAGCCGCGGCUGUGAUAGGUGUGGGUCUCGUUGCGGUACAGUCUCCUUCAGCUCGCCCUCCAACCGGUGACGCCUUCCCUCGGCCGUGCGGUGUGAGGAACAUCUUUCUGGAAGUCACUUUACCCCCAGCCUCAUCUCUAACCGAUACAAUGGCCGUGCCUCCCACAUAUGCUGACCUGGGCAAGUCUGCCAAAGACAUCUUCAACAAAGGCUAUGGUUUUGGCUUGGUGAAGCUCGAUGUCAAGACAAAGUCAGACAGUGGAGUUGAAUUCAAAACAUCUGGAUCCUCCAACACUGACACCAGCAAAGUUGCAGGUAGCCUGGAAACUAAAUACAAGAGGUCAGAAUAUGGUCUGACCUUCACUGAGAAGUGGAACACCGACAACACCUUGGGAACAGAAAUCACAGUUGAAGAUCAGAUUGCCAAGGGACUGAAGUUGACCUUUGACACAACCUUCUCACCAAACACUGGCAAGAAGAGUGGCAAAGUUAAGACCGCCUACAAGCGCGAGUUCGUCAACCUUGGCUGUGAUGUCGACUUCGACUUUGCUGGCCCCACUAUCCACGGGGCUGCCGUUGUCGGCUACGAGGGGUGGCUCGCCGGCUACCAGAUGAGCUUCGACACUGCCAAAUCCAAGAUGACCCAGAACAACUUUGCCAUUGGUUACAAGACUGGAGACUUCCAGCUCCACACCAAUGUGAAUGACGGAGCAGAGUUUGGAGGCUCCAUCUACCAGAAGGUGAGCGACAAGCUGGAGACAGCCGUCAACCUGGCCUGGACCGCUGGCAGCAACAGCACACGCUUCGGUAUUGCAGCCAAGUACCAGCUGGACAAGGAUGCCUCCAUCAGUGCUAAAGUGAACAACAAUAGCCUUGUUGGUGUUGGAUACACCCAGACUCUUAGACCAGGCGUGAAACUCACCCUGUCCGGACUGGUCGAUGGAAAGAACAUCAACGCCGGAGGCCACAAGCUCGGUCUGGGCCUGGAACUGGAAGCCUAAGCUUUCCUCAUACUGCAAAGGACUAGGGAAUAUCAGAAGAAUCUGGCCUUAAAAUGUAUGUCCAACUCAAACCAGCAAAGGGAUAUCUGGGAGAGAUCGAGUGAAAGGCUACAACAGCAAACUUCAAACUUGGGUGCCACUUCCAACUCGGUGCUUCUGUCAUUUUACCUUUGUUGCUUUUUUGCUUUGUAACUGCGUCUAUUCAAGAGACAGUUGGUGUACUAUUUAUAAAACAUUGUCAUUGUUCCUGUCCAUCACUGCCAUAAUAAUGAAAUCCAAUACAAUCCCUUUGCCUGUCAUCAGCUGUGUGUGACUUUAUUUGGAAAUUAUCCCAGACACUCUGUUUUUUUUGGUGAGAACAUCGGGUGAUGGUUUGUGUGGUGAGCGAUGUCAUACCUUCUCACUGAUUUAUGCACUCACAAUCAUCUGAUAUUCCUUUGUCAUCUUUUGCAAACCUUGUUAAGUACACUAGGCUUUUUUCUGCUUUUAUUUAAAUACUGCUGCACCCUUUCUGUCAUGCACACAAGGACAAACUAUAGCUCUAAUGUUUUGUUUUGUGUCGGUCAUCUGGGUUUGUGACCUUUACCUGGGAGGUUUCGUGAAGUUGGCUCCUUAAGGAACCUGUAAACGUGGCCGACCAAGCAGAAUUUAGUUUUUGUUCAUUCUGUACUAACAGACAACCGGGGCACACAAUGUUCACAAUAAUGCCAAACUAUCCUUGUCCAGAAGAGGUGUGACUUAGUUGCACACAUGCACUCUUGGUUUUUCCAUGUACCGGGCACUGACUGAGCCCACAGGAAGUCUUGGAGGUCCUUAUGUGUAUGUAUAAGUUUUCAAUAAAGUCUUUGAACUCCA